AGCGCCCCGGGGCGGCCUUUGGCGUUCGCUCCUUCGCCAGAGUGAGGCGGCUUUCUCCCUCAUCUCUCUCUCUCAUCUCCCUCUCUCACGGGACAACUUGCAACCUGAAGCGUAGGACACUCGGCUGGCAAAGCGACAAAUCAUCAGCCCUCGGGCAUUCCCACAACGACGCCCGUGCCAGAGCGGAGGAUGAAUGAGCACUGGAGCGGCGAUGGAGCGGCGUGCCGAGUGGGGGCUGCCCUCUCGUGACGCGGCCGCAGAGGCCGUGGGUGGCAGCAGUGGCUUCCACCUCCCCGAGGGCCAUGCGAGGUCCGACCCCGGCGCCUGGUACCUGCAAUUGUCCGGCUGCCUGUCACUCGCGCAGCCGCUCGUGGCCCCGACUCGCCCACUGUUCUUCCCAACGCAGAGCUACGUGCCCGUGGCGCAAACGCCGCACUACUGCAUGGCCAAGCAGGAGCCUGUGGCAAUGUUCAACAUGGCCGACGCCAACCUCAAGCGUGUGUCCGCCUCGCUGCUGAACCCCAUGACGAUGCUGGCGCCACGCCCCCCGCAAGAGGGCCCUUGCCCAACCACCAGCGACGCCUCCGCCACCUCGACCUCGUGCCAAGUAAGCGGCUACGCCUGCGUGCCGUGCCCUACGGCGCUGCGUGGCGUGACGCCGCCAUUUCACCGCGGUGGCCUUGACGCCGACGCCUGCCGCCCCCGGGACCCUUUCUGGGGGGACCAGGCGCCAGCAGUGCCUGCGGAUCACGGCUCCGGCCUGCUGACACCCGGCCAGUUUUGCUGCGGCUCGCCCGGCCUCCGUGCUCGGCAGCAGUCCGCGCCGUCCUAUCUGGCGUCGAUGGCAGCGCUGGCCUGCCCGGGCUGCGGGUCGCUAGCAACGGCCGGUGCCCCCGCGCUGCGCUGCGCCGCCGAGGCGCUCUCUUCCUUGCCGUUCCCUGGCCACUGCACGAAGCACGACGAGCACCAUCGGCAGCACGUUCUCCUUCCUCCUGGUGGUGGUGGUGGUGGUACCGCGUCGGCUCACCUGCACUGCCCCUCACUCCCGAUCCCGGUUGCACACGUGCAUGGGCACCACUGUCAAGGCUGCCACUGCAAGGGUGACGCGAGCGAGACGACCGUAUCCCAGCCCAAGCGGGGGUCCGCGCCGGGGACCACCGAUCCCUGUGGGCCCCUCCACGGCGCCAACGUGUGGCCCGACAUCCCUCCCCCGUCGCUGGUCAACGGGGCCUCCGCUCCGACGUGCACCCGAGAAGCGGCGUCCGAGCUCGCUCCGCUGGGCGGGAUGAGCGGCACAGGCGACAGGGAUGGCCUCCCGCCGAUCGGCGUCUUCUGGGACAUCGAGAACUGCUCUGUGCCCACGGGCCGUUCGGCCAUGUCGGUGGCGCAGCGCGUGCGGCAGCGCCUGUUCGGUGGGCACCGCGAGGCCGAGUUCCUGUGCGUGUGCGACAUCAGCAAGGAGAAGCGCGAGGUCAUCCAGGAGCUGAACAACGCACAGGUGACGGUCGUGCACAUCAACGCGACGGCGAAGAACGCGGCGGACGACAAGCUUAAGCAGAGCAUGCGUCGCUUCGCCGAGACUCACUCUGCUCCCGCCACCAUCGUGCUCAUCUCCAGCGACGUGAACUUCGCCCUGGAAAUGAGCGACCUGCGCCACCGGCACGGCUUCACCGUGGUGCUGGUGCACAAGACUCAGGCUUCGAGCGCACUGAUGCACCACGCCAACACGUCCAUCCGCUAUGAGGAGCUCGUCGAUGACCUGCCGCCCUGCCCCUCGCCCCAGCCCUGCCACACGCUGCUCUACAUCAACAACCUGCCGAGUGGCCGUGACACCCGGCAGGUGGGCGCGCGCCUGCGCCAGCUCUCCGAGAACUGCGGCGGCAAGGUGCUGAGCGUGGCCGCGGGCACCGCGUGCCUCCGCUUCCCGUCGCCGGCGCGCGCCCGCCGUGCCCAGCGCCGCCUCGACAACGAGGACGUCUACGGCAGCCGCAUCUCCGCAUCCUUCCUGCCGCAGGAAGACGGCGGCGGCGGCGGUGGUCAAGCGGUGGAGGCGGCGGCGCUCGGCAGAGAGAGGCUGGAGGGUAACGAAAAGCCACGGUCGCCGGGUCCCCCCGCGCACCGGCGUGGAGGGGGCAGGCGGCACGACGCGGACGACCUCAACGGCGGUGGCGGCAGCGGUAAUCACGGUAGCCACGGCGCCUGUGAGCGUGACGGCAGGUCUGCCGAAAAACAGUUGCGGUCGCCCGUUGCUGUUGGUGGCGGUGGUGGCGGUGGCGGCGGCGGUGGUGGAGGCAGGCGCGGUCAACGACGGAUUGAUGCGGAAGAUGCUGGAAGGAACGGCGCCGCCGUCGGGCAUUCGUCAGCGUUGCCACUGCCGUUGUCGUCGUCUUCUUCGCCACCACUAUCGACAAGUAGAGCCAAAGACCAGCAGCCAAGGGACAGGGCAGGAACCGGCACGGGGGCCGUGGCGGCCGCUCCGUCCGGUCAGGAGAAGCAGCUGUCGAGCGGCGGGGCGCGGGCUAGCGGACGAGCGGCGCACAGGCAUGGUGGGGCGGGGAAGAACCCGGAGGCUGGUGAUGGAGCAGCCAAGUGCUCGCCCCACGAGCACUUGGCAGCGGGAAACCCAAAGGAAACCACCUCGAGUGGACGGCAGCAGCUGCAGCAGCAGCAGCCAAGUGCUAAGAGGCACCGGCGUGGAGGAACGGGGGGCGCUGGCAGGGGCAGCUCACCUGGGCCCCCUGCUACUCCCCUCCUUGCGCAGGCGAACGCCCCCCAGAGAGGCGGGCGCGACACGGAGACUACGAGGGCCGACUCGUGCCCGCCGCUGGUGCAGGAUGGAGACGGCUCCGUUGCCGCCGGGAAGCCGGUGCUAGUGGACGGCCCCCCUUCGGGGAACCCCGCGGCGUUCUUCCGGCCGCUGGCGCCAACCCCGCCACCGCCGGGCGCCAUUCCGCUUCUCCACGCCUCCCACCAGCCCCCAUUUCCCAUCGUCGCCCCCUGCCCCAUUACCUGGGUGCCUAGUUCCCGGCUAGCGACUCCGUUGAACCAGCUGGUGUUCCCCGGCGGCCUGGUGUCCCGCACCACCGCGGUGGCUGGCCCCCCCCCACCGCAUGGCUACGUCCCCUCGCCGUUCGGCUACGGCUAUCCAGGGAGCGGCGCGAGCCCCACCGACGUACUCGUCACCAACCUGGACGGCAAGGCGCAGUGGAGCGACACCAUGCAGGAGCUGAGCGACGCCUUCGCCAAGUUUGGGCAGGUCAAGGGCAUCGAGCUGCGCGGCCACGCGGAGCAGCAGCAGUUGUGGGCGCUGGUGCGCAUGGGCAGCGCCCAGGAGGCGGCGCUGAGCGCCAGCGCCCUGCAGCACUGCCAGGUCACGGGCCGCCGCGUCCACGUGUCGCUGGCGAGCGACGGCAUCGUCCACGAACCCCAGCGCACGUCGCCUCUGCAGACUCUCAGGCUGGAAGCCGUGGGGAUCCUUCACGAAGCGCCAGGGGCCACCCUGCCCCUCCACCUUUUUGCGGAUGUUUACGAGAAACGGUACGGGCGCAAGCUGGUGGUGUCGGACCUGCACAAGCUGACGGACUUGCUGUGCGUGCACGACCACGGCCCAGCGUGCCGCCUCGUGUCGCUGCUGCCGCUGCGGAACGGUCCCUACGUCGGGCCGCCCCCCGCCGCCACCAUGGCCGCGGCGGCGGCCGCAGCAGCGGCGGCGGCCACCAGCAGGGAGAGAGAGCGGGAGAGGAACUUCUCUUCGUGCGGCAGCAGCCCGGUGGUGAUCGAGGAGCUGGCGCAUCACGACGCCUACUGCCCCGUCCACUCGCCGCACUCCGCCGCCACCGUCGACAUCGAGGAGCAUGACCUGGAGGUGGAGUACGCCCAGCUGCCCUUCGUGGUGAUGUCGCUGAAGACCUUCGCGGCGCAAGUGCACGCGCUGCUUCACUCGCACGACGGCACCGUGCCGCUGCUCAGCUUCCCUGACUGCUACGAGGCCGAGAUGGGACCGCUGCCUCGCGACGCGCAGGCGGCGAUGGUUCCCACCGCGGAGGGCGACACGGGCGCGGAGGAAAGCGGCGACGACGCCGUUGCGGAAGCGGCGGCGGUGGCCGCGACAGUUUUGGCCGCCGGCUGUGGCCGUGGAGUCCCGCUGGAGCACCUGGCGGCGUGCGUGCAGGGCGUCCACGUGGUGAUGGCGCAGAACGGCGUCAAGGUCGUCAAGUGGGUGCAGAACAAGCCGCCCCUGCCAAGCAGUGACACGUGGCUCGCGUCGCGCUGCAAGAGUCCCGUGGGGAACCCGCAGCUGAUCGCGUUUGCGCGCGAGGUGGUGGAGCUGCUGCGCACGCAGCCGCGCUGCCUGCUGGCCUUCACACGCUUCAUCCCCGCCUACCACCACCACUUCGGCAAGCAGUGCCGCGUGGCCGAGUACGGCUACGCCCGGCUCGGCGACCUGCUCGACGCCGUGCCGCACGUUCUGCAGAUACUGGGGCUGGGCGGAAGGCGGCUGCUGACGCUGACGCACCGGGUCCAGGUGAAGCGUUUCACUCAGGACCUCUUGAAGCUGCUCAAGUCUCAGGCCAGCAAGCAAGUGUGCUUGCAGGACUUUGCACAAGCCUACCACUGGUGCUUCUCGCGCGAGUGGGACGUGCGCGAGUACGGCGUGUGCGAGCUCUCAGACCUGCUGGCCGAGGUGCCCGAUGCAGUGGUCGCGAUGACUCCACAGGAGGGCGGCCCCGUGCUCUCCAUCCCCAUUAAAGUGCGCACGGAAGAGGAGCGGUCGCGCACACGCGUGUUCGCGCGCGAGGUCGUCAAACUGCUGCGCCAGAUGCCGCGCGGGCGCAUGGCGUUCUCGCGCUUCAUCCCCGCCUACCACCACCACUACGGGCGCCAGUGCAAGCUGGCGCACUACGGCUUCACCAAGCUCACCGACCUCUUCGAAGCCAUCCCCGAGGUGGUCACCAUGCUGGAGCGCGGAGAGGACAAGCUGCUGGUGCUCACCGAGGCGGAGCAGCUGAAGGCGCUGGCCUGCCAGAUCUCUCAGCUGCUGCGAGUGCACAAGGAUCAGCCCCACGGUGACACUGUGGAGCCCGCCGGCGCUGCCGGUGCCUCCGCCUCCUCAUCCUUCGUGGCGGGGGGGUUGGCGCCGUCAGAGCUGCCGGCCGAGUACGCGCGCGCCGUGGGGCAUCCGCUGUACCUGCAGGACUACGACGUGAGCUCCGUCACGGAGCUCCUGUCCAAGAUCCCGCACGUCGUCAAGGUCGUGGACACCCCCGCGGGUCGGCGCAUUCAGCUGCUCUGCCACAAAUCGCAGAAGGUGGCCACCACCCAGCUUCUGCUGCUGCUCAUGUCCCAGCGCCCGGGGGCCUUGGUGAAGCUGGCCCUGCUCGAGCAGCUCUACCACGCGGUGUUCGGGGUGCCUCUGGCGCCGCAGGACUUUGGUUUCCUGUGCCUGGCCGACAUGCUGCGCGCCAUGCACAACAUGUUUGAGCUGGAGACGGAGAGCGGCACCGUUGUGGGCGUGCGCCUCACGCCGCUCCUGCAGUUCGCGGCGUGCGUGCGCGCCCUCCUGCUCACCUACCACUACCACCAGAUCUCGCUCGCCGACUUCCCGAGCGCCUACGCGCAGUUCACGGGUGACAGCGCGGUCUCUGUGGCCUCCACUCUCGGCUUCGGCUCCCUGGAGGAGGCCCUGCUCGCCUUCCCACAGCAGGUGGUCUGGGUAAAGAAACACAACAAGAUGCUGGUGCUGAGGCAUGAUAUGAGUGUGCGCCUGUCCUGCUCCUCACCAGCCACCCUUCCCAGCGAGGAGGGGGAAAUGCGCUCCGAGCCUUCCACACCUCCGCCGUCCGCCACCUCCGCUGGGCUCUCCAUGGACGCCCGCGCCGGGGUCCUGAAUGCCGCCUCCCCGCCACGCUGCGCGGAGCUGGCCCUGCUGGGCCCCUCGCUGGAUGAGCUGCUCAGCGGGCCGCUGCCCCGCACGCUGCCCUCGCCCCAGCUGCGGCCUGACCCGGCGCCGCUGCUGGCGCCGCCCACGGCCGCCUACUCCCGAGACCUCAUCGAGUUGGAGCCGGCAACCGACGACAGCGAUCCGUCAUUCUGGAAUGCAGAGGAAGCGCUUGUGCCACCUCCGGGCUCUCCUCCGAACCCAGCGAGGAGGAACGGCUCCCCCUCCCUCGCCCGGCCUCUCGACAAGCAAGCUGAGCCGGCGUUGUCAUUGUCAUCAAAGUCAUCCUCAUCAUCCUCAUCAUCGUCGGACGUGAGAGUCGAAGCGGGAUGCGAGCCGGCAGGGCCGGGAGAGACCGGCAGUGUCAACGGCGGCAGCAGCAGCUGCGGAGAUGCCGACGGAGUCCAGGAAGAAAGCGAAGGGCGGGAUGACGCGAGAGGGGAGGACGAGGCGGCGCCCGACAGCCCGUCGCGCCGGCGCACUGGCCGCUCCCGCGUCCGCCUGGCGGUGAGCUUCUCGCUCGCGCCGCUGUGAUGCCCCGCCAGCGAUGACGGCGUCCGCAAGGAGAGACCGACGCCAACGACGCUGACGCCGAUGGCGCCGUCCGCACCGUUUGCCGUCUGGCCGCUUUGGCGCCAACGGCGAGAUUAACGACGACCCCACGACGUCGGCGCAGCGGCCGCGUGGGCGUCCCGUCGCGCCGCCCACGGUACGGCAGUUCAACGGCCGCGCUGACGACGACACCGCCGCGGCGAUAACGCAAAGCAGUGCCUUAGCACUGCCACCACCGCCACCAGCAGCACUGUGACCGAGGUCACGGAAUCGUCGCAAGGCGCGAGCCGCUGCAGGAGUCCCUGCUGCUCUUUAAACACCCUUUUUAAGUAAGGCACAACUAAAAAAAAAAGCAAGACGCACACCCCUUAACCCCAGGCUGCCGCGGUGCGAAGUUGAAGCUUCGCCCGUGCAAAAAAGUAGAUUAAAAAGUUUACGAUCAAGCACGCCCGUUAACGGCGCUCUCGUGAUGUCGCUGCGACGGCCAUACCCGCUGAUGCCGUGAUGUCACUCGAGCCCGAUGACAGGAACGCACGACUUUGACUUUAAGUUAUUUUUUAUUUGUACUUAUCGAAAGCUCAAUUAUGUACCCCCCCCAAGGCAGCCCACGCCGAGGAUAAAACAAACUUUAAAGCCACUCCAAAGACAGCCACCGCGGUGAUGUACUAGAAACUACGCACGUGACGGUCAUGCUGCUGCAGGCUUGCCACUGCAGAGCAUCCGUUCUCGCCUACGGCGUUUUGCACUCGUGUCGGGCAAACCCCGCUACGUGCAGCCACCUAGUUCCCCUGCACAGUGUCCGGACGACGGUAGCCGCCGGUGUUGUGCGGGGUUACGACUCGGCAAAGGGUCCCUUCGGUGCUUUAAAAACAAAAUCUCGUACACAAAACCAAAAUUUUGUUGCGGCCGGUGAAACACGAAUAUCACAGUUUGGCUUAAAGUGGACUUUUUUUCAGACUCUUUAUUUUUUUAAUGUUUUUUUAUAUAUUUUUUUAAAUAAAAAUAAAAAGUUUUUUUUUUUAGCAGAGAAUACAUAGCGAGGCUUGGGUCUCAAGAGCCCUGGUCUCACUUUGGUUGCCGCGUUUUUUGGAAAUUGCAUCACGACAAACGUAAUGCAUCAUCGUUGCCCCCAAGUUUGGCCAGGUUUUCAGCUGGUUUUUUUAAUGGCCGCGAAUAGUUUUGCAAAAAGUUUAGCAAACUUCGUGUUGAAUUGGAAACUGGUCAUGAAUUCUCCUUAUACUUUUGUUUACAUUUUCUACGAGGUACCUUCAAAUAUGAAUGUUUUGGCUGCGACACUGCUAAUGGCUGAGCUGUAAUGACUUAUUUGCGCCAGCGAGUAGAUUCGCCCUUCCGUUGGGAUAAUUACGCGAAAAUAAAAAUGAAUAAAUAGAACCAGACCCUAAAAUUCGACGUGAAGUGGUUCGAUCGCUCUUAAGGUGCAUCUCGAGGAAAGGUCCUGAACACAAUUUUACUGUCGCCAAAAUAAAGUAAAACUCCCAGCAAGAAAACCCCGGGAGUAGAUGUGCGUUAACAGGUAAAGGCGCAGCCCUGCAAUUACUUUCUCCACUGGUGACGGAGGGCGUCUCAGCUAGAGGGAGCUCUAGAGAGGAGGCCUCUUAGACAGCGUUUGGCGUGUUAGGAGUUGCGGUUGAGAAUCUGCGAGCGUGUCCUCGGGUUUCAACUGCGAUCGCCCCAUCACAGCGAUUUAUGCCCCCUAACCUCCGCCCACGGUUGGCCCAAUCCAACGACGUCGAGCCCGAUUGAUGCUGUUCGCUGUAUUAGAAUGAUAAUUGCUCGAGGGUUGAUCAUCAACGAGCAAGGGGGUUCCCAGUCUCGGUCGCUCUUCCAAUGCAUUUUGCCAUCGUGCCGCGCGUUUUUUAGGCAGGAUGUCCGACGUUUCACUCCACGAGUUGAAUCUCCCAGGACGCGGCGCGGAACGUCCGAACGGCACGCCGAAGGCAUUUGGAGAGCGAUGUAAUGCCACAACCCCGAUCGCCUACACGGUAGCAUUGGGCUCCCAAGUGACCGAUUCUACGUCACCUUAAUUGUUAUUCUCUCUGUUGCUGGCGGGGUUUUAGUUUUUGCUUUGUUCUAAACGAUGGAGGCCGACGGGGCCACGCGUCACACGUGGGCACGCCUCUCGUCGGCUCGGACGUGUUCAAGCCGAUGCCCCCCAACGCACGUUCGGUGAUCCCCUUGGCCAAAAAGUUUCUGACGUGUCUCCCCCGCCGCUGCCGGGUUGGUGGGAGAGAGAGGGGAUGGGCGGCCUGCCAUCGAGCCGAGUUACGCUUUUUUUCUCGGUUAGAGGAUCGAACGCGUAAACGGAUGUGGCCGGGCAUGUGUUUCGCUGCUUUUACGACGGCGUCCACAGGCAUGCGCACGGCCGCGUUGGCAACAGCCGUUACAUUCGCUCUCCUUCAUUGCGAGGACUUCGAGGCGUUACGAUUAAGUUGCGUGACUGGAAUAUUGAAUUGUUGAAACCUGGCUUGAGACUUAAGUGAAGCGUUACGUUUAAAGGCAAGAGUGGCGAAAGCGCUUGUCGUAGCCCUGCCUCCAGCCGCACGUCCGUCCGUCCGUAGGCCUCAAGCCUUAAGGCCAAAGCUCCCGCGGUGCCUCCUGCCAUCGACCCUAUCCGCUCCUCAUCCCCCGUGGUUUUUUGGUAUCCGUCUCUUGAGCUCCAAUGCAACUCGUCCCGCAGCUGCCAGGGCCCUGUCGGAUAUUAUUGUUGGGGAUUAUUUUCUCCUUUUGGUCUGUUGCACCCCCCAACCCACUCCACCCUACUGCCCCCCUCGCCCUCCCGUUAUGUCUCCCACCAAGUAGCUCCCCGUGUUUUUAUUGCGUACACCGCUCUUUGAUCUCGCCGCAAAGAGUUUUAAUUCAGUUUGAGCUCGCGGGACCGGCGCCCGUCCGUUACUGCGACCGAAUGGGCGCCCAAACCGAUGACAAAAUUAAAUAAAAAAGGCAUGAAAAUAAUGCAAGGGAAUGAGGCAGCGUCUUCGCUGGCAUCUAGAGAUUACGUUUAUUUUCUCUCCCUUCAUUCAUGCCUCGCUCUCUUUCUCUCGUUCUCCUGGAUUUGUAGUCGGGGGUGGCGUCAUCCUGAGGGUGACUAUGGGCGUCCACCAGAGGCAGCUUUUCCCCGGGGAGGGUGUGACGAGACAUCAAACUCCCGUGUCGCGGUCACUGUUCUAACGUUCUCGACCGCCCUUGCAAACCAUUGUUUUUAAUGUUUUGAGCUAUCACGCCUGUUGCACGGAGUGGGUGGCCGUGCGGAUCUAGCCUGGGUCUCAGUCGUGCAUUGCGCCUUCCAGGCAGUGGAAGAGACCUCGGCAGGAACAUUCCUGACUGAGAUAUCACGGCGAACGGUGGUGCUUUUUGGCGAUUGUCGUUGAGGGCAGGGGCUGGUGUGUCUGUGUGUCUGUGCGCGUGUGCCCGUGUCGGUUGGCAGCAGCCUCUUGUGCAUGCGUAAGCAUGUGUGUGUGUGUGCGCGCGCGCGUGCAUGUCGUUGCAUAUGCGUAGCACAAAACCACGUUUGUGUUACUCCUUGCCCUUGUGUGGAAAACGGUGAUGCAGUGGUUGGUGAACUACGCCAAUAUCCCAGCGAGCUAGGUUCGAUCCCCAGCCAUGGACAAUAUCAGUAGCGAGUGGUGUCAGAACCUGUCGUGGACCUCCCUUCGGUCGACUAGGCCUUAAAUGAGUAACUCGUGCACUAUGAAAACAUCAGCUGGGCCAACAAUCGGCCGGGCGUGGUGCUGGCCACACCACCCCCACGUGCGCCGCGGCGGCCUUAAUAGUUGCUCACUUACAGCACUUGCCCCGACAGACUACAAGGCUAUACAGGGGAUUUUCAUUCUUCGUGUGUGUGUGUGUCUCGUGUUUUUUGUGACGUGAGAACGUGGCCAUGUUGCGCGUGCGGAUGCUGUAUUGUGCACAAUCCGCACUUUCGUCAUUGUGUGUGUGCGCGUGCUGUAAGUCAACACACAAUUGUGUGUGUGUGUGCGCGUGUGUGCGCGCGUGUGUGUGCGUGCGAUGCACGAGAGCAUGCCACACACUGUAUAGUGCAGUUUCCCAGGCGUGUGUAUCUCUUUGUGCGUGUGUGUACUGGGUGUGUCGGGCACGUGAACUUGAGUCCGGUUCUCUACUCCCUGCCCCAAGCAUCGCAAUGCCGUUUCACCUCUCUAUGUUACAAGCCCAGGUGCAUUCCUUUUAGUCCCAGCUCUUGGAGACGGGGUGGGGGGGGGGAUUAGUAUUAAUUUUUUUCACAGAAGCUCCGCGGUUUGUGGAGCGGGCUGUUACAUAUCAACUGCCCGAUAGGAACAUCCUUGUCAGCGGAGGAAUACACUCGACUGAUGGAUCCCUCGUCAGGGUGAACCGGCGUGUAGUCAUCCACUUAGUUUUAACCUCCGGCGAAAGUUAUGAAGGCCCCACCUGGUUUUAAGCCUGGUGGUUGCGUUGGGCUGCUGUGCGGAUUGACCCGCACGCUUGCCCCCCCCCCCGCCGCCCGGUGGGUUUUCUUUUCUUCGUCCCGUGAUACCGGUGCCAACGAUCCCACCCCCCGCACGCCACACACCUUCCCCCCCCCACGUCACGCCCCCCCCACCACCCCCCCCCCCACUCCCACUUGGCGCGAGCGUCGCGUCGCCUUGACGCGCCGUGAGUUCGGGGCCGAGCGUCGACCGUUGUGAAAUAUGCAAACCUUGCAUAGAUCGCAACCGCGCUCGCCACCCCACCGCGUCUCUCGUGGUCGGUUGGGGAGGAGGGGGGUGGGGCGGGGAGUGGAUGGGGGGGGGAUGGUGGGGACGGGGGGAGCGGCUCUGCGUUGCAAGUCGAGUCCAGGGUGCUCAUUUAUUUUAACAGAGCGAGGACUGUUCAUUGGCUCAGGGUGCUGCACGUUUUUAUUUUGUUAGUGGGAAGGUGGAUUUUGGGGGGGGGGGGGGGGGGGGUUGAGUGGUUCCCGGAGGGGGGGGGGGUGGAAUGUGCAUGUUUGUGCACAUGUCACAUAUCAGUCCGCCAUGUUGGUGGCAUGAACUCUGCCAUGUUGGUGGUCGAAAUGAGCGACACCAAAACUGCGCCGUCUCUAUUGCAUCGCGUUUGCCUCCGUCUGUGGCAGUGCUCGCACCUUUAUUGGCGCUUGCGCGUGUGCCGCCCCUGCUCAGGUGAAUCGGUACCAACAGUGAAAGAAAGUUUGGGACUGUCUGGGUUAUAGCGGCUAGGCUUAAGAGCUAACAUGUGCAGUGGGGGGGUGUGUAGGGUUGACCUGCUCUUGGUGACCCAAUUUUCAUCGGACGAUCAUUGGUAAAGAGGACACUGGGAGCUCUUGUCGAUGAGUCUCGCGGUAUCCCCUGCCGAGCGUUGGUGAUUUUGUUGUUGUUUCGAGCCCCGGCCUUGGCUGGGCUAUGCUUGGGGUUGGUAGAGCUGGGCAGGACCUGAGGAUGAGGGUUGUGGGUCGCAGUUUGUUGCUGCUGUUUUGGGGGGGUUUUUUGCGCUUUUUAAUUAACGAGAUUGUCUUCCACCCAGUGCGUUUGUGUCUUUAUCAGUUUUUAGAAUCGGCCAAACACCGCAAUGAGAAGCUUCCUAGAAAAGUAUCUAAGCCCGGCUGAGGUUUUCCUAUUAAAUAUGCCAAUUUAAGAUUCGUAUAAUUGUUCAUGAAAUAGUUUUCUGAAUUUAUUUUAAACUUUUAUGGGAACUUGAGCCAUAGCUAAAUGCAUCGAAGCUAUAGAGGGCUUUCUCCUCGCAACAAAAUUCGUACCCAAGGAAUUCAAUGAACUCUUUAGCACCCGUGGUCACUUUUUUUUCGAUGCCCGGCGAUUUGUAAUUGGCAUUCGAAUGGCGACGUGGGGUGGGCCACCUGCGGCCUCGUUCGGUUUCACUUCUGAUUUUGUCCCAUCCAAUGGGAUCCGCUUGACACGUCCGCGAUGGUCUGUGGCAGCCGCUUAUUCAUUACCUGAGCAAGCGUUGCCGCGUUGCAUUUGAAGGGGUCUGUGUCCCCCCCCCCCCCCCCCCCCCUUCAUCUGACCCUCCUCUGCUAACCUCCUCUGGGCUUGGUUUCCGGCCCUUACAAUAGCUUGUAUCGGCUGGGUCAACCAAGCCCAGCAAGCUACGACCCAGAGACAUUUCCCAUCUUCUUCACGGUGAGCGGUUUCGGUGACGCCCGCUCACCGUGUCCACCACCCCGCCGGACGUUUGUGAACGUUUUCGAAAUUUGGGAAUCUCAGUGGGGUUUAGAUUUUUUUGCGUGCAUUGCGGUGUGUCUUAGCGUUCCCUUUUUUUGUUUCUUUUGCUCUUUGCGCUGUGACGUGUGAAUCCCUGCGGGAGGAGAGUGGAUGCUUUCGUGCAUGUUCACUUUUUUCGACGGUGCCCAAAAAAAAACGCGUCCAGUGGACGAGCUGAGCGAGCGUGCCCCACUACUACAACUAUUAUUACGCCCGCACGCGCACGGCUCAAGGACGGGUCCUGUUCGCGGAGCGCGCGAGAUGCAUCACCAAUGGCAGCAGAGGGCACCGUGGGAGCGGCAUCCAAAAAAAUGUUAGUCGAGGACAUUUUCUCCCGCCGUACGGCGAUGGAUGUGCGGCGGCGUGCGGCGUCAAUCCCACGGCCGAUAUCGUCGCUGGGUCUCGCGCGAUGGAGCAGGGUUUAGCUUCGUAUGAGCACUUGGUGUUGGGAGACUGCUGCCUUGCGAAUAGCAGGUGUUUUGUAGGCUUGGUGGCUGUGUAGGGUGGCCAGGAGGUGGCGGUACAGCAAUGGAUUAUUGAAUCUAUUUGAAGAGAAUUUAACUUUUGAGAUCCUCAUUCAUAGUUCCCCCUCGUAUUCACAGUUUCUCCUCCCAACGUGAACCGAACCGCUCGUUCGUGGACCCUUCGGAGGGGAAAAUAAAAAAUGAAGUCUCGAGAAUUUGCGAGGCUUUCCCCGGGAAAAAAUAUAGGGCGUUAUUAUUUGCACCUUGCGGAUAGGGUGGGCGACUCGGUUUUUGCUCUGCGGGCCAUUUUUGUAUAGGAGGAGGUUUGACCGUUCAGAUACGAACGAUCGGCUUAUCAUGAACUCUGUUCCGACUUAACCGGGCAUUUUGCAUUGCUUGGAGCAAUACACACCGGCCCCGUCGUGAAGAAAUGUUAAUGUGUAAACGAUAGCGGCCGUGGCAUUGCGUGCAACUUCGUUGUAAGAGGAGGUUGGACCGUUGCGAUACAAACGCUCGGCUUGUUCUGAACUCGGCUCCGACUUGAACGCAGGGGAGGUGGUGGUGGCGACGACAGCGGUCGUCGAUCGGAACUGAUUUGGUCACCAGCUUAGAAACCCGGCGGGGAAUUGCGUCUCUUUGGCAAGGGGAGACUCGGAGUUCGAGGAGGGCACUAAAAAUCCCAGUUGGAUUGGCCUUUGAACCUACUUAAUUCCAGUCCGCAUUUUCACACCCGCUGCCCAUGUUUGCUGCGUGUAAAUAUGAAUGGUAAGCGGCAUCGUACGUGAGGUUAGGCGUUGUAACAGUGCAUCAAAGCGUCGAUUCGAACGGAUUGUUACUCUUUGAGGAUGCACGUAAAAUGUUAUUGCGUGUAAGUAAAAAAAAAAAAUGUAUUUACAUUGAAUUUGGAAAUGAUGCCGUUCGUUUGUGUUCUCAUCUCGGCCGAUAGUGCCGAAACAAAGCUGUACAAACGAGACGCGCGAAAAAGAAAGGACCAAUCCAAACGUGACGAUGAAAAACGAUACGAAAAGAUAAUCGAUUGUUCGAAUGAAACCGCGACCCCCCCCCCCCCCCCCGAAUAACGACAGUUUGAUGAAGUUAUCAGGCGGGGGGGGGGGGGGUGACCAUGCCGUGUGCGUUGCUACGCUGCUAACCGUGAAAUGUGUUGAGCAGGAAUGAAAAUCUGUAAGCGUUGGGCGCGCACACAACCUCCUGUUUACAUUCGUGUCGUGUGUAGUCACGUCACCUGUAAGUGUGCGCUUUCUUGUUAGUGUGCGUGUACGCGCACGUGUGCCUCGUUAUGCAGUCCAGGACGAAGUAGUUUCUGCCCUGCUCAGCAUAAAACAGCGCACCGCACGCAACCAUUCGGCACGUAAACCACCCCCAAACUAAGUGACAGCCGCUAUAGCAGAUAACUGCCAGGUGAAUGGCAGCACCAUUUACCCUGGUCGCCUCUUGCUUCUACCGUCGCCCCCCCCCCCCCCCCGAAUCCCCCCCCACCACCACAUUUUAUUUUAACUCUUGAGAUGAUGUUUCUCCUUCCAUCCCCGUGCCUCGUCCAUCUUCCCUGAGCCGCCAGUAUUCAUGCAGGCACGUCCGGUACUCCCAAUGGACAAUGGGUGCGAUGCCUAUGUACAUAUCAUGUAUAAAGAAAACCUUUUUACGAUGAGACCGCGUGGAUUUGACGCGCUAACCCCGGCGUUACGCAGCCGGCGAGUUGGCCUCGUGGCAUCCGCGCGCGUCGGGCAUUUUGCGUCGCAUGGAGCAAUAUACACCGGCCUCGUCCUGACGAAAUGUUAACGUGUAAACGAUAGCGGCCGCAACGUUGCGUGCAACUUUCGGUCGAUUUUGAAACUUAUGAAGCGAGCGCAGUGCUCGGAGAGAGGAGGACUGGCAUCCAACUCCUCGGAGACGUUGGAAGAGUCGCGUUAAGACGCUAGUUUGUGCCGAUGGCGUGGCCAGAUUUGAGUGCGAGUUCGUAAUUCAAGAAGUGGCCACCCCCGGACCGAUGGCGUGAAUUCCGACCUCGAGCCGUCGGGGAAACCCGGCGAGCAUGCCUUCCAACAAAACAACAUUCUUUUUUUGCCGUGGGAACAAAACAUGCCACCGGGCGUUUGGUGCACAGUUCGAACGGCAGAAUGACGUCGAACGAAACGGAAAGUUCGAGCGGGCGACGAAAACGCUCCGGGUGCGGUUCCCGCUUGCGUGUGUCGGUGGGUCGUUUGAGAGCCUGGCUGGUCGCCGCUUCGCCCGGGCUGGGAUUAGGCGGCCACCGACGUACGGAUCGCCACCGAUCGUCCUAAAAUAGAAAAACACUGAAGACAUUUCUCAGCGGCCACGCGUUUGCUUCGGGUAAUCGGGCAGCCCCGCGUGAUUGCUCUCGACCCACGUGGUUGAAUAAAUCUGGUCGCAGAUGUCACGCGGCGAAGAAAGGCUGCGAGUGUGUUUUUUUCUUUUCUUGAAGGAAGCCAUAACCCAAGAAAACAGGAAAACAGCUCUCGUAUUGUAGACACGCACCGAGGCCGUGCGUCCCGGGCUGUGCCAGGCCACGUCGGACGUUUUGCUCGUGAGAAAAUAAUCAUGGUGGCAUCUAGUGCCGUCAACGUGACGCCAUAUCCAACAUUUCGGUGGUGCCACUCGAGCGCAAUGAUGGAUUGCAUGACCAUGAUUUAGAAGCUUUUUUUUCCUUUAUGAUCAAAGAUCGGCGGACAAGCCCAGCAGGACACACACCGCCUGAGGGCGGGUGUCUACGAUUAGAACUGUACAUAUUUUGAGAUGCGCAUUCGUUUUGGUCAACUGGCACACUCGUUGAUUUACAGUGCCGAUUGCACUGGUCAACACACUUUUUCUGGCAUAAGGUAUUCCAAUGGUCUUAAGUUAAUUUUGGGGUGCUGAUUCCAAAUUUGGCAUCAGUUUUUGUCUUAUCACAUCAGGUUUUUGAGAUCAAAUAUUGAAUUUUCAAUAAAACCUGCAGAAGAAAAAUAUUAAAUAAAUGUGGAUAUCUACAUAAAAUUAUAUUAUAAACACACUAUCCUAAAAAUACAGCACCAUAUUUUAACACUAAAGCAGUCACCGACUCGCAACAACUUGCAAUCAUAAGUGACAGAGUUAAUUUCGGGUAAAAUCUAUGAAAAUGGGGUAUGCCGAUAGCAUAAAAAUUAGAUGUGAUAGAGCAAAUCUGAGAUCAGAUUUGGAAUUAGCACCCUGAAAUUAGUCUAAAACAGCUGCAAAAGUCCAGGCCAGAAUUUCUUUUUUUUGUUGACCAGUGUUAUUAAAGAGUGUAACAUUUAAACAUUUAGGCCACCAAGUGUGCAGCAACGGUGUUAUCGCCGCACACCUGCGCAUGUGCAGUUGCCCACGACCACGACGAUGAUGAUGGUAAUGCUAACGAUGACAGUGACGGUAAUGGAUGAUGAUGAACCUUGGGUGAUCGUCAAUACGCGAAAGGGAAAAGGAUGUCACGCGUGCUUCUUGUGAAUCGUCGCCGUCCGUGGCGGAUUACGCCGCCCUGUCAAAAUGUCUAGGAACGUGUGGGGCCGCAUUUGCAGGCAGAACCGCGUUCGCUGUGCGGUGGCGCGCUCUUCUGUCCGCAGCCCGCAAAAAAAAUUUAGCCCGUGGGCUGCAGGCUGUGGAUCGGCCGGUAUUGCGGAGUUGUCUACUCAGGGGGGGGGGCGAGCGCUCACUGGGUUUUUUUUGUUUUUGGGUCGAUCGCGCACGGAUGGGCAUCGUGCGUGCGAGACGCCCACGACGACUACAAAGGCAACGGGCGAGGUGCCUGUAGGCUUCGGCACCGCAAGUAAGCGUCACAACCUCUCCGUGGUGUCGUGUUUAAUUGGUGCGUGGCCCUCCCUGACAUGCGAGGGUGGGUCCGGAAUGCUGCAAUUGGCAAUGUGACACAAAAUAAGCAGGACCUGCCCUGAAAGAGAAGUCUUGGGACCAUGACACUGGGUAGGGAUGGCACAGGGGUCGGGGUGAACCCGAGGGGGGGGGGGGGGGGUUAUGUGUUGGGGGAGCUUAUGGUUAACAGAAUGCAGGGUAAAUGUAUCGGAGGCUUACUUCGGGUUAACCUGAGAAAGGGUUCAUCCAUUUAAGGGCAGGGUAGGAAAUAACCAAAGGGGGGGUGGGGUGGGGGAGGGUUACAAACUGACGAUAUAAAAAACGUGAGUGUGAAAGUUUAACCCGAGUCGGGGUCACGAUGUUGACGUGAGGUUGGAGUCACGAUAUUGUUGCGUUUUUGGGGUUAGGGUUCACCUGAGCCGGGUCGAGGCGACGCGAAUCGAUGUGAAACCGCCAUUGUUCACCCCCGAGCGAUGGCUCGGGAUCGAUGUCUGUCUCUCUCCCUGAGCCAUCUCGAGGUCACUGUGAGCCCUCUCGGGAUCGUGUCUCAAGGUCACUUGUCUCUGUGAGCUGUGUCUCAGGGUGGCUGCCCCCCCCCCCCCAACCCCCCCCCCCCCCACUU